AUGACGGACUCGAUGAACCUAAUCUCUGCGCAGAUAUCAUUCUUGGAAGCACAUCUCGCUCUGAUCCACAUCCCCAUUGAACUAUACGCCUUAUCUCUGCAGCCUAUUCUCCGGCUCCUGUUUGGGGAAGACCACGACGAAGACGCCGCAAGAAUCUCUUGGACCAACCACCAUGACUUUCUCAACAUUUCCAUCACUGCCAUCGAAUGCUCCAUCAUAUGCUCGCGACAUCUUGCAGAGCGAUUCAUGCGCCCGAUCGCCGAGGUUCUCAACAGACUCUACGCCAACAACAAGAAGGGGAAGUCGAAGGGGGAGAUCCAAAUCGGCAACGAAGACUAUACAGUAAUUCAAGUCGACGGACAAGGCCUGGAUGCUGGUCAGAGGGUGCUGGAACUGACGUCGCCAUUAGCAAUGGCCGGAAUAAGCAUUUUCUUUAUCACGACCUAUUUCUCCGACUACAUUCUCGUUCCCUUCCGGUCGCGGGGUACCGUCACCAGAGCCCUUCAACAGCGCGGGUUCGUCUUCUCCAAGACCGCCGACGCCUUCGUGUCGCAACUUUCGCCACAAUCUCCCACUUUGCUGCAGGGCGGCGGCGUGAGACCACCACCCUCACCGUUCUACGACAACUCGGCUCCGACCACCCCGCCGGCCAAGGACAUCCCUGAACUCCAGCUCCGUACGUUCAGGAAGCUCAAGCGGAACAACAUCAGCCCGUUCGUGGACGGUAGCAUCCGUCUCGCAAAUUGCGCCGGCAGCCGCGAGUACAACCAGGCCAGCGAGGAGCGUCUCAAGAACGAUCUCCUCCAGGUCCUGCUCGCCACGGCGGCGCCCACGGGCACAGGCACGUCGACCUCGAGACAGCAGCCGGCUGCCACGAUUUCGCCAACUACUGGGCUGGGCCUGGGCACUACGAGUAGUCCGACACCCACCACAGAGGCGCAACCGCCGACGGCAGCCGAACUCGACUUUGGGGCCAAAUUCCUCUCCCUGACCAUCACGUCGGGCGAGCCCAUCUCAAUCCUCCUGGAGCACAGACUGCUCGACCGCCUAGGCCAUUCACUUCUGGGCGCCAAGUCGGCCGACGACGCUCUGAUCCCCAUCACGCUCGACCUGCGCGACCUCCCGCUCGACGCCACGGGCAUUGUCUGCGGCGUGGCCGGGCGGCUGGCCCAAGGAAGCACCGAUCUUCCCGACGACGAGGUCGUUUUCGCCGAGACGGCCGAGACUCACGCCCCCGCUAACGACGAGCCCGUCGAGAUCUCCUUCCUCAGCACCGCCCGCGCUGGCACCGUCAUUGUCCGCGCUUCGCAGCUCGAGAAGGCCCUCGAGGCCCUCGACUAUGGCAUGAAGAGGGUCGGGGAUGCGGAUCGACCGUGA